AUGGCACCAAAUCUAUCAAAUGAUACUUUCGAUGCUGAAGAGUUUUCAGCAGGUCGUUCGGUUUCGUCACUUUUACUUUAUCCACAAGCUUUCAUCGAUCAACCGUUUACAUACAAUGAGAAGUAUUAUCAAUUUUAUGAUACAGCAUUACAUCGUAAUCGCUCCAACUCUAUAGAACUUCACUUCUCAACUAUAUUCUCUGAGCAUAUGACAGUCACACAUAAAUGGGAUGAAAUAUGGAAUAAAUUAUUUUAUCGUACAGUAAUUAAAAACAAACGGAAUAUUCAGUGGGAUAAUAGUGAUCCAUACAUGUCUAUCCAACAACCUUUUGAACUACAAGUCAUAUGUCGUAAUACAUUGAGAAGAUUUGCAGUCCAACAAAAUGGUAAUGUUUGA